UUAUUCCAAUGUACCGAAAAAGAAAGAAAAACCCUGGCUUGAACUUUUCAGGGUUUUAACGGCUAAAAACAGAAAGGGCAUCGAAAGAAGCCAUCAAUGGCGAUCAUGAAAUCAAAGCUACGCUUAUACCUUCCUACUCAUCAUCUUCUCUCUCCUCUCUCUAGCCCUACCUUCAUCUUCCACUCAUUUUCCUCUUCUUCCUCACCUCCCUCAUCAGAAAAUCCUCAACACGACGUCGUCGAAGCACUGUCUCCUUCAGAAACCCUAAUCGCCGACAAAUUUCACUCCCUAAUCAAAGACCACCACCGCAAAAACCUCGACCCAAACCCUAACCCCAGCCCCAACUUCACCAUCCCAUCUCUCUCCUUCGACUUCUCCUCCUCCGCUGCCGCAGAACCCCUCUCCGCUGCCCUCGUCCGCCGCGUCGUCGAGAAAUGCGGCGGCGUCCGCCACGGCAUCCCCUUUUUACAAACCCUAGCUUUCUUCAACUGGGCGACGAACUCAGACGAUUUCAACCCCUCCCCCGAACUCUACAACGAGAUGAUCGACCUCGCCGGAAAGGUACGCCAAUUCGACAUAGCUUGGAACUUGAUCGAUUCGAUGAAAUCGCGAAACAUUGAAAUUCAAAUUGACACAUUCUCUAUUUUGAUUCGGCGCUAUGUUCGUGCUGGAUUGGCCUCUGAGGCCGUUCACGCGUUUAAUCGAAUGGAAGAUUAUGGUUGUGAGCCCGAUCGAAUCGCGUUCUCGAUCGUGAUUAGUAUUCUCUGUAAGAAGAGAAGAGCAUUUGAAGCCCAAUCUUUUUUUGAUAGCUUGAAAGAGAAAUUUGAACCUGAUGUUAUUGUGUACACUAGUUUAGUUAAUGGGUGGUGCAGAGCAGGGGACAUAGCUGAAGCAGAGAAGGUGUUUGGUGAAAUGAAGAAUCUUGGGAUUAAGCCCAAUGUGUAUACUUACACUAUUGUGAUCGAUGCGUUGUGUCGAUGUGGGCAGAUUACGCGUGCCCAUGAUGUUUUCGCAGAGAUGAUUGAUGUUGGGUGUGAACCGAAUUCUAUCACUUUUAACAAUUUGAUGAGGGUUCAUGUGAAGGCUGGGAGGACUGAGAAGGUUUUGCAAGUGUAUAAUCAGAUGAAGAGGCUUUCUUGUCCGGCUGAUACGGUCACAUAUAAUUUUCUCAUUGAGAGUCAUUGCAAAGACGAGAAUUGUGGGGAAGCGGUUAAGAUUCUUGACACAAUGGUCAAGAAAGGGUGUGUUCCGAAUGCACAUACCUUCAAUCCAAUCUUUAGGUGCAUUUUGAAGGCCAAGGAUGUGAAUGCUGCUCAUAGGAUGUUUGUGAGGAUGAAGGAGUUGAAAUGUAAGCCCAACACGGUGACUUACAAUGUAUUGAUGCGGAUGUUUGUUGAUUCGAAAUCAACUGACAUGGUUCUCAAGCUUAAGAAGGAAAUGGAUGAGAAGGAAAUUGAGCCUAAUGAGAAUACUUACCGGGUUUUAAUCUCAAUGUUUUGUGCGAUGGGGCAUUGGAACAAUGCUUAUAAGUUCUUCAGAGAGAUGAUUGAGGAGAAGCGUUUAAAACCUGGUCUAUCAGUUUAUCAAAUGGUUUUGCAAGAGUUGAGGAAGGCAGGCCAGAUAAAGAAGCAUGAGGAAUUGGUAGAGAAAAUGGUGGAUAGAGGUUUUGUUACUCGACCAUUAUAGAAGGAGCGUAAUCUUGGUAGUCGUCACCAACAUAUCUGAAAGUUAUUGUAUGUCCCUGUGACAAUGCCCAACAGUUCAGAGUCACACGUUCACAUGGGACUGCUGCUCUACUGAGCACCUCCUGUAGCAUAUGAAGAAGUUAAUUUAUGGCAAAUUUGUUUGUUCUAUGAUAGCUUGGAUUUAGAAAUUUUGGUAAUGUAUUUCAGAAAAUUUUCAUUCACCAGUUUUGGAAGAAAAAAAAAAUGUUUACUAUAGUUCAAAUACCCAUUGUUCUCUGCCAUUGAAUGUUGUCAUGGUUUCCUAUAAUAAUAAUAAUAAUAAUAAUAAUUUGUUGUUGUGUCAA